AGCGCCCAGGAGCUGGGGCAGGAGGUGAAGGCUUUCCUCAGCGGGGUGGACCCCGUCCACGGCACCAAGCUCUCGCCGAAGGAACACGCUCGCUGCGCCCUCCUCCUCCUCCGCAGCCUCCCCCCGGCCCGGCACGCCGCCCUCGAACAUCUCCGGUCGGUUUUCGACGAACAGGUCUGCGCCCACCUCCUGGAACGAGAAAACGGGGGCGUCGGGGGGCGACCGGCGGCGUCGGGGUUGGAAGAAGUGGUGCAAGAAGUGCAGCGGGCGCUGGCGGAGUUCGUCCGGGCGAAUCCCAAGGCGUGGGCGCCCGUCGUUUCGGCGUGGUCCAUCGAUCUGAUGGGUCAGCUGAGCAGCAAGUACGCGGGGAGGCACGGCGUGCCGCACGCUUCCAGCCUCAACGAGCUGCUCCAGCUCUGGAUGUCCUGCAAAGCCACCCGCACCCUGAUGGAAAUUUACACCCAGUGCCUCUCGGCCAUGAUCGGGGGCUGCCCCGACGCCUGCGUCGACGCUUUGCUGGACACGUCGGUCCAGCACUCGCCCCAUUUCGACUGGGUGGUGGCCCACAUCGGCUCUUCUUUCCCCAACACCAUCAUCAACCGGGUUCUUUCGUGCGGCCUCAAGGAUUUCUGCGCCCACGGGGCGGCCCCGGGGGACUUGCUCUUCCCCGCCGCCGCCGACAAGCGGGUGCCCAAGAUCGCGUCGGUGGUGGGGAUUUUGGGACACCUGGCUUCUCGCCACUCGGGCAGCAUCAAGCAGGAGCUGCUGCGGAUGUUUCACGAGAGCUUGGGGCCCGCCAGAGACCAGCACCAGAAAGCCGCCGUCCCCUUCCUCCUCCAGCUCGCCGUCAUGUCCCCGGCGCUGCUGGGCACCAUCUCCUCCGAACUGGUGGACUCCCUCAAACCCAACGUCCUCAACCAGCUGCACCAGCACUUCGCCUCGCUCCCGCGCGAGGACCUGGAGAACAUGGUCAGCAUCGUGGUGCACCUCAUUUGCCAAACCUCCGCCGGCGCUUACCGCAUCUUGCAGUUCCUGGUCAACACGGCCAUGCCGGCCUCCGUCAUCACCCCGCCGGGGCUGACGCUCCACGACGGGGUGCGAGAAGCCUGCGACCGCGUCAUCCAGCUCCUCCUCCUCAACCUCCAGAAGCUGGUCUACAACCGGGGCGGCCCCGGUUUGGCCGAUUCCCCGCCGCGCCCCGUCCCGUUUUUGGACGCCCUCAAGUCCCACGUCCGGGAGCUGUGCGUGGAGACCUUGCGGCUGGAACGGAAACGCUUUCUUUGGCAGCACCAGCUUUUGGGGCUCCUGGCCGUCUAUUCCGCCCCGCACUGCGCCACGGACGCCCUCUUCUUCCUCCUGACGCUGGCCCGCACCCAGGAGGAGCUGGCCUUGGCCACCCAGCUCUACGCCGUCCUCAGCUCUUGCCUCGUCGACCUCCUCCCCGCCACCGUCAAGACCUGCGUUUGCCAGAUCCACGCCGGGCGCUUGCCGGAGCCGCAGAUCGCUCAGCUUUUCCGCAAUUUGGCUCUGGUGGUGCAGUGGGAGGGCGGGGAAGGGGGACCGGCGGCCAUGGGGGUCCAGCUGGGCGCCGUCGUGGCGCGGCACCUCCACGAUUUCGGCCAGCUUCUCCUUCACCGCAGCCCUGAGGUGGCGGAAGCCGCUUGCCUGCUGCUCUCCGUCUGCCCCCUGCCCCGCGCCGUCCCCCCGGCUCACCUCCUGGCCGCCGUCCGCGCCGCCGUUCACCAGUUUUUCACCGUCUUGCGGCGGCAGAACCCCGCCAACCUCUGCUAUAGCGGCCGGUUGCUGGCCCGGCUCAGCGCCGUCUCGCCGGCCGCCGCCAAGGCCGUGCUGCAGCAGCUGGUGGAGGGAGCCCUGCGCGGGGGCAACGCCGAGCUUUUCGGGGGCUCGGCGGAAAAAACGGGCGAGGAGGAGGCUGGGCGAGAAGGAAGCGGCGGCGACGUUUCCCUCUUGGACGUCAACCGGCGCUUUACGGCCGCCGUGAAUUUUUCCGGAGGCGUUUGGUCCGUCUUCCACGCUGGCGUGAUCGGCCGGGGCUUGAAACCGGCGUCGGGGACGGGCGAGCGGGCGCCGGAGGAGCUGGCGCACAACGCCCAAACGUUCCUCAGCCUCCUGCUGCGCUGUUGUCGCGGGGGUCGCUCCGGGGAAACCUCCCCCGACCUUUCCGUCGCCGGAAUUAAUCCCGAAGCCGCCAAAGCCGUGGCGGCCGCCUUGGUGGAAAGCGUCUGCCCGGAGGCGGCGGGGGGAGAGCUCGCCUGGCCGCCGGAGGAGCAAGCCCGUGGGACGGUGGAACGGGAUUUACGGAUUUGCCGCCGGUUCCGCGACCAUCCCCUCCUUUUCCCUCUCCUGCGGCUGGUGGCCGCCGGGCGACCGGCGCUCUGUUAUUGUUCCGUUCUCCUCCGCGGGCUUUUGGCCAGUUUGAUGGCGUACUGGGAAGCGUGCCGGGAAAGCCGGACGGCCGGAUCGCCGUGGCACCUCCAGGCUUCUUGUUCCUUGGUGGCUUGCAUGGCCGAGGGUUCCUUGCUGCCCCCCGUCCUGGGGAACAUGCACGAGAUUUUCCACCAGCUGGCUCCGUUCGAGGUUCACCUCCUCCUCCUCAGCGUUUGGGAUUAUUUGCGGGAUAACAGCCCCCUCCCGCAAAAAUUCACUUUCCAAGCCGAACGGGGCGUUUUCCUGCGGGAUUUUUCCCGCGACGGCGAUGUGGGGAAGCACCUGGCCGUGCUGCACAGCGUCCUCCACAAAAACAUCCAUCGCCUGGGGCUCUUGGCCGGACGUUUUCGCCCCUAA